AUGAAGUGCUUAAUCGCGAUAGUUUUAGCUGUGACACUCGUUUUCGAAAUCGCCGCCGAGGCUUCUGUGAGGACAUGUGAACCUAUUAAAGUGGCUAUGUGUAAGAACAUUGGAUACAACCAAACGGGCAUGCCGAACUUGGCUCGACACACCCUGCAAGCGGACGCUGAUGUUACUCUUCAAACAUUUAGUCCUCUCGUGCAGUACGGGUGCUCCUCUCAGCUACAUCUAUUUCUGUGCGCGGUUUACGUUCCCAUGUGUACUGACAAAGUGGCGCUACCGAUCGGACCUUGUAGAGGGCUGUGUGAAAGUGUUUACUCGAGAUGUUACCCGGUGCUUCGAGGCUUCGGGUUUCCCUGGCCGGCUGAGCUCGAUUGCUCUUUGUUUCCCGCUGAAAAUAAUCAUGAGCACAUGUGUAUGGAGGGCCCAGGGGAGCGGGCGCCACCAAUGGGCACUAUUCCACUGGAUGCAUCGAAUGCAGUCGGCAGAGGAGCUUGUAGAAGACUCGUAAAGCCAAAUAGCUGGAUUUGGGUGCGAGGUUCGAGUCGGUGCGCUCAAUUCUGUGAUGCUGAAGUACUUUGGGAGUCGGGUGAGCGUAGGGCGGCUGAAGUGUGGCUGGCAACAUGGGCAGCAUUGAGUUUUGCCUGUACGCUUGCGGCUGUGGGGGCGCAGUUGGCGUGUGGGGACCGUGGGGGUGCUGGGGAGCGAGCCCUGGUGCUGGUAGCUCUGUGCAGGUGCGCCGCGGCCGCCGGCUGGGGCGUGCGGGCCGCAGCGGGCCGCACUGCCGCAGGAUGCGCAAAGGAUUCCACAUCACCUACACGGAUGCUCCUCGCUCAUGAUGGCUUAGAAAAUCCUAACUGUGCCGUUGUCUUCCUAUUAUUGUAUUACUUCGGACUCGCCGCUUCUGUUUGGUGGGUUGUCGUAACCGGAGCGUGGAGGGCGAGUGUGCUACGGCCACCUACCACGCCUAGUGCGAGGAACGACCGUCACUCUUCCCUGUUGCAACUAGCAGCGUGGGGCGUACCAGCGGCGUUGGCUGCUGCAGUCCUAGUAACUAGAGAUGUGGAUGCAGAUGAAUUAACAGGCACAUGUUUCGUGGGGAAUCAGUCGAGUAAAUCAUUACUGGCGUUGGUCAUUGUCCCUGAAGCAAUAUGUUUACUGUUGGGUACUGUUUUUCUUGCAUCCGGACUUCGUGCGGUGCUACGACGUCCAGUUCCUAUUCCAGCCCCGGCCACACUGCUCAACGCUCCGCCCCAAGUUCAUCCGGACCAGAGUUUAUUAAGAUUAGGAGCAUUUGCAGCUUUAUACGCUGUACCAUCCGCUUGUAUAUUAGCAACUUGGAUAUAUGAGUAUGUUUUAAGAGAAGAUUGGUUGUCGGCGCCAGUUCCAUCUACCGAACCUUCAACACAGCCACGGCCUGCAUUUUGGGUAUUUCUAUUUCGCAUAUUUGCAACUCAAAUAUUAGGAGUCAUGGUUGCUGUGUGGAUAGCGACGCCACGUUUGAAAGCGCUCUGGAGAAGGAUAACUGGACCUAGGAAACCAGUUAUACCUAAGUGUCAAACAGGACCACCCCCGGCUCCUUUGACCUUACAUUGUUAUGCUAGCCACCCACACACGUUAACUCGACAUCCACAAAAAUAUGCUACUUAUAGGCCUCCACAGCAGCAGUCGUAUAGAAAACCUAGACAUUACCAUUACUCAGCUGGGGAGACCAUUCUA